GCUGUAUCAGUCGUUUCUGUUUAUAUCCUUAUUCACAAUAAGUAUUUACAUUUGUUGAUUGCACUAUUGAUUUAGCUGUGAUAAAUCUACUACUGCGUCAAGGAAAUUCUAAGCAACAAAAAAGAAAUAAAAGAAAGUAAGGCAACAAAAUUAACCAAACCGCAAAAGGGGUAAACAGAUUUUUUUUUUCAACUAUAUUUAUAUAAUCUAUAAACGCUAUCGCUUGUCCCAACCACAUCUUUAACAGAACAACACCAUGAAAUUCAACACAUUUUUGACACUAGUGUUGAGCAAUGUAUUCAUUCUGCUGGUGCUUGCUACAGUUCACCAAUAUCCUAAAGCCAGCUUCUGUCCCUUUGAUUCACCCGAGUUCUGUUCCCAAGAAGUGACAUCUUCAUGUAAUACAACCUUUUCAUACAUCGACAAUUUGAAUCGUCAAAUACGUCCCGACCUUAAAUCAUUAAUCGAGACUACAUAUUUCAGAUAUUUCAAGGUAGAUCUUGAACAACAGUGUAAAUUUUGGGAUGCCCAACAUUUUUGUGCUUCGGAAAACUGCGCUGUUGAAAUCGAUGAGGAAUUUAACUGGACCCAAGUAACCAAUGAAGAAUUCAAACCUUUCAAAUUAGGAGCAUUAAAAUUGCCCGGAAAAGACGAUAAAGUUGAUAAUCCAAUAGAAACCGAAGAAGUCCAGGUUUGUGAAGAUUUGGAUUAUUGCCAUAUUGACGAUAGUCAUGAAUGUGUUUAUGUAGAUUUGCAGAAAAAUCCAGAAAGGUUUACCGGAUAUGGUGGUAAUCAAUCAUUUGACGUUUGGAAAGCAAUUUACUCGGAAAACUGUUUCCCAAACACAAAUCCGAUGUCUAUGAUUGGAGGACAACAAGAAGAGCAAUGUGUGGAAAAGAACUUGUUUUAUAGAGUGAUAUCCGGAUUACAUGCAUCUAUCGCAGUUCAUUUAUCUAAUGAAUACUUAAACUCGGUAACUGGUGAAUUCUAUCCAAAUUUGAAAAUUUUCAUGGAAAGGGUUGGUUACUUUAAUGAACGUUUAGCAAAUAUUUACUUUAAUUUUGCUUUAGUUUCUCAAAGUUUGGUAAAGUUAAAUGAAAUUUUGCCAUUAAAAGAAUUCAUUCUUUCGGGAUAUGAUGACAUUACACCAGUCCAACAACAGCAAUUAUUAGCCAACAACUUUACUGACAAGGCUGAAGUUUAUGACGAGUUGUUAUUUGAUGAUAUAAUCCCUGCUCUCUCUUCCAACUUGUUAUUCAACACGUCCACGUUAUUUGGUCCAGGUGUUGAUCCUAACUUAAAGAACGAAUUCAGAGCCAGAUUUAAGAACGUUUCUGCCAUUAUGGAUUGUGUUGGUUGUGACAGAUGCAGAAUGUGGGGGAAGAUUCAAACCAUUGGGUAUGGUACUGCACUUAAAAUCUUGUUUGAAUCUGAAGAUCCAAACAAUAAAGACAGGUUGAAAUUCAGAAGAAUUGAAAUUGUGGCAUUGGUUAAUACUUUGGAUAGAUUGUCCAAAUCUAUUGAAGCUAUCAACAACUUCAAGCAAAUGUAUUUGGAACACGUGAGAAAUGUUGCCUUGGGAAUUUCAAAACCUGAAGAAAUGGAUAAGAAAUUUGAUACAAACUCAGGCUUUGCAUUCCCAUUUGUUUCGCCUAUCUUACCAGAAACUUCCAAGCCAGUUGAAAAGUCAGAACCUGAACUUCAAUCAGCACCAGUUCAACCAGAAGCUGCGAAAUCGGCUAAAAAGGUAGAGCAAUCAUCUUCAGUGGAACCAAGAGAAGAAUCUCAUGAUUCAAUUGAAGAAAUUGCCAAGAUUCCUCCUUCUGAGCGUACAUUUAAACAAGAAUUAAGAUUGGCAUUCGAUGAAAUUUGGCAAGCUUUGAAAUUUAUAUUCAAUAGUUACAAGAACUUCCCGGUGAUUUUAGGUAAACUUGGGCUUGUCAAGGCCGAUUCCUGGUGGAAUGAAUUUAUUGGAAAGCCAGUUCGCCAGUACGAAAGUCGUGUGGAUGUUGAUGCCCAACAAUAUGAAGCUAUGAUCCAAUAGGUGCAUUCAUUUUAAAAAAAAACAGCUGCAUUUUGCAUAUAUCUUACAUUUUAUUUUGUUUAUGUAUUUUGGUUAAUUAAAAAUAGAGACAUUAAUGGUUUAUUAAUCAUGCCCUUGUAUAUUCUGUUUUACGGUUCACCCCGCCUUAUAUUUUGAUAUGGUACACAUAUUAAACCUGCGUAUCAAUAUUUCG